AUGGGCAUUUGUAAAUGUAAAAAGAGAAGUGAAGAUUUUUGUUUCAACCAUAAAAAGUUUAUAUGCGAUUCAUGUGUUGUUGCUGACCAUUCAAUUUGUUAUAUUAAAUCAUAUGUAAGUUGGUUAACAGAUUGUGAAUUUGAAGAUUCAGUAUGUGGUGUUUGUAAAGGUAAAUUUGAUGUUGACGAUAACGAUGAUUCAGUUAGAUUAUUAUGUUAUCAUUUAUAUCAUCCAGAAUGUAUUGAUGUUUAUGUAGCAGCAUUACCACAGAAUUCAUCAGUUGAAUCAUACCCAUGUCCAAAAUGUCCAGAACCAAUAUUACCAUCAAAUGAUAAACAAUCACUAUUAGCAAAUUCAAUAAGAGAUAGAUUUUCAGUUUCUUCAUGGGCUGGUGAUUAUUUAAAAUCAUUUAAAAAACAAAAUAGUAAUAGUAAUAAUAAUAAUAAUGAUAAUAAUAAUCCAAAGAGUAAUGGAAUUACAAAUGGAAUUAAUGGUACACAUAUAAAUAAUGCAACAUCACCUGAAUUUUAUACAAAUUUAGAUUCAAUAAAGAGUAAUGGCAUUCAUCAUCAUCAUCAUCAUAGUAAUAAUAGUAAUAAUAAUAAUAUAAUUAAUCCUUCACUUUUAGAAGAAACACCACCACUUUCACAUUUAAAUUCUAAUCCAUAUGGUUUAGCAAGUAGAAAACAUGAACAUGAAGAUACUGUAAUUCAAUUAAACAGUGGUACCAAUAGUAAUAUAAGUAAUAACAUUCAUGGAAAUAAUAAAAUAUAUGAUGAUGAUUAUGAUAAAUAUAACAAAAGGCCAGUAAAUCCUAUUUCAAAGAUUAUAAAUAAUAUAAAGGAAACAAAACCAAAAUAUUUAAUAAUGAUAACGGUUGCUAUAAUUGUAUUUUUAAUUUUAAUUUCAAAAAUGGGUUCAAACUCUGACUCAAAUGAUAAUAUAGUGGGUGAUAAUAAUAAUAAUAAUAAUAAUAUUAAUAUUAAUAAUGAUAAUAAUGGUGGCAAUGGUGCUAUCAACGAAGAAACUUUAAAUGAUCAAAAAAUCCCCAAUAAUGGGCAAUAA